AAUUAUGUAUUGUUCAUAUAAUUAUUUCUGAAAAUAUAUAUUACAUUUGAUAUUUAAUGACAUUUAGAAUAACGGAAAAAAUAAUAUUACAAGAAAUUGAACACAUUAAAUUAUUCAAUUUUUUCAUCAGUGUUACACAAUAAUACUUGUUGAAAUAAUAUUAGAAUUCCAUAUAGCUUAUAUUUAAACUAUUCUUUGACAACGAGAUAUUUAAUAAUAUAAUUUUACAUAUAUUUAGAAUUUUAAAAAAAUUUACAGCAAAUAUUUUACGUCACAUUAGCAAACUGUGCUUUCACAAUAAGUAAAUUACAAUUUUUAUUAUAAUCAUGUUUCACAAUUAUUGCAAUAAUAACAAUGGUUAUAUACUCCAUUGUUUUAUCACGUAGUGUUAAAUAUACUGUUUAAAAAAACAGUAUUGUAAUGAAUGUAUUAAAUAUUAAUGUAUUCCCAAUAAAAUAUAACUUCACAAACGGCAUGGCAUGUAUUUAUUUAUGUUUAUAUUUUAAGAUAUGUACUAUAGAAUAUUUAAAGAUAUUUUGGAUCUUCAAUUCCAGCUAAAAGUUAUCGAAAUUUAAUAACUACAGACUCUUAGAUUUUUUUAAAUCAAUGACAAAAAAUUUUGAUCAUGGACAUCCGAUAUAUAGCUAUAAAAUCAAUCGCAAAGAAAAAAACAAAAACUUUGACUUACAAUAGCUUAUAAAAUUAUUUUUCUACGGUUUUAGAUAACUUUUUAAUAAUAAAUAAAUUUAAACACAAAUAUUUUAGUGGUAUUUAUUAAUUUUAAAAAAUUUUAAUAUAAUUUGUAAUGCUACUUUCUCAUCAAAGCCAAUAAAUACUACAAAAUGUUACCUAAGAAUCAAAAGUAAACAAAAAUUAAGUAAGUGAUAACAGAAUUGUGUUCAGAUUUUAUAUACAGAAAUAUUCAAACAUAAUAAAACAAUCUGUAACUUUUUUUAAUUUUUUGUAACUCCUAAGAAUCAAAAGUAAACAAAAAUUAAGUAAGUGAUAACAGAAUUGUGUUCAGAUUUUAUAUACAGAAAUAUUCAAACAUAAUAAAACAAUCUGUAACUUUUUUUAAUUUUUUGUAACUUUUUAAAAUGAUAUAUCCUUAUUUUCAAACAACAGUUUGCAAAAUGUUACAGCAAAAUAAAUAUACAUAACAGAUUAAGAAACUUAUACUAUUCUUUAAUAAAUAUUACAAACAUUUAUAUAACUUGAAAUGUAUCUUCUGUUAAAAACCAAAUUAACAAUACAAACAAAAAAUCUUAAUAUCGCUAGUAAUUAUUUGCAAUAAAACAAGGAAUUAUUUGAAAAAUUUUGCCAGUUGAAUCGUUUAAAUAAUUCCUUGUUUUAUUAAAACAAAUUAAUCGUAAAAUUUUAAUUGAAAUUACAUAAUAUCUGUGAUUGCUUUCUCAAUAAUGUUUCACAUAUAUAUCAGGAAAGUGGUUGUUAUAGCAACAAUUGCCAAACAAUGUUCCAUUGUACAGUAACAGUCAGUUGCAAUAGAACGUUAAUACUUGUAACCAGAUUGUCAAAUAAUGCAUACAUUAAAAUUGGUAAUGAUAGGACCAACUGAGAGUGGGAAGACCACAAUAGCAAAUUUUCUGGCGGAUGCUACAGAAAUUCCAUAUGAUUAUCAUCCAACUCAAGGUGUCCGAAUAUUAGAAUUUGAAAUUAAAGAUAUUGAAAUUAAUAAUGAACAUAUCUCAAGAGAUCUCGAGCUGUGGGACUGUAGUGGAAACUAUAAAUAUAAAAAUUGCUGGCCAGCUAUGCGUAAAGAUGUGCAUGGCGUGAUACUUGUAUACAGCGCAAAAACGCAGGAUUCUUCAAAAAAGUUGAAAGAAUAUUACGAUUAUUUCGUUAGUGGAGCUAAAAUAGGGGCAAACAGUUGUGUAAUAUUCUUCUUUGACCCUGAUAAUAUCACCUCAAGCGCCUCAAAAAUUAUUUCAUCUACUUUCCCGAACGUGUCUCAUGUCAAGUGUAACGUGGAUGACGAUGGUGACAAAUUAAAAACUGAUUUUCGAUUGUUUCUAAGUGCUCUAGUGACAAAAUUGCAUGAAGACAAAGAAGAAAAAUUGAUUUUGAGUGACAAUAUAUUGUUUUCUAAAUGAUAUAUUCACUUUUUUAUAACAGUUGUAUACAUAAUAAAAAAUAGUACUCUUUUAUUA